CGUGACAUAUUCAGUGCACUAAAUAAUGUUGUUUUCACGGUCUUGUAGUUUCGGUCUGGCCUAUUCAACGACUUGUUGUACUUGUAGAGAUUGAUUUGAGUUUUGAGGUGUAAGAAACAGUUUAGCUUAGACCAUGUCGAGAGGAUCGGGGAGGAGAGGGAAAUUUGUCAAAUCUUCGACAAUAGAAUUUCCUACAAUUACUGAAUCCGCCAGGAGGAACCUCGCUCUGAAGGAAGCUCGCUUCAAGCUGCUGACUAAAAGGAUGUGUAGAGUUAACCACCUUAUUGCUACUGAGAGUCUUCUUCAUGAGAACGAAGAUAAAAAUGUGGAGCAAGAGGUGGUAAAUGUGGUGAUGGAUAGACUCCCGGAGUUCCACGCCAGACGGACUCACCGGUACAUUGAGAAGGUUCACAAACUAGUCAAACUCAACACUUACAUCUUGGCUGAACAGGUACGAGUCUUCCAGCAAAUACGGGACUGUGAUCUGAGUAUGACCCUCCGGUUCCCUUAUCCGAUAGUGCAGGCUGAAGAGGAGAAUAGGUUCCUCGGUGAGGCCGAACCAAGAUUGGACAACAUUAAAAGGAAAAAGAUUCAGAAUAGUACUAAUAUCACUUCUCGGCGCUCCUUAGUUAAGAUGCAGUUUCCAAGUUCUAUGGACGCAGUAUUGACUACGAAGACUUUUGCCACUAACACGUCUGGUGGACACAAGCUGUGGAGGAACCCUGCCCUUGAUGGGAUACCAGUAGAAUCUAAGGCUGAGCCGAUGUCCUACGCUCUAGUCUUGGACUGCAACGCCCUACGUCCACACCAAGACGUCUCCCUACCCAUGGCUAAACUCAACCCACACAAAAUAAUACCGUCAAUAAACCCUAAAACUCUGGACGUAGCUAGCUCAAAACCCAGCUCCGCUAGUUUUACUCUUCCACCUGUAGUUGAGAACUACUCGUCGGUUGAUAGCGGGAUAGGAUCAUCUAACUGUGUUUUAGACCCUGCAAAGUACAUGUGAACCUUACGGUACUACAGUUUGUUAUCAUGAUGGUGGUGAGGAGGGGAUGUGUUGCCAUGGUGAUUUGGAAUGGUUUCGAAAGUGCAGCUGUGCUCGCUUUUCUAGUUCCCACAGUAGAGCUGUUGUUAUCGAGAGAUCUGGAGGGACUAUUGAAUUACAGUGUCCACUCAAGACUUGAUAAUACCUGAUUUUGUAUAUAUUUUAUUCAUUUAUUUAUUUCCAGUUGUUA